AUGGGUUUGAAUGUAAAGGAUAUUCAACUUUAUUUGUUUAAACUGAUCCAUGAUUCAACCAAGUCUAGUUACACAUUUAUACAAAGUCAUCUAAUAAUUUCAAGUGCCUUGUUGGUUUUUUUCAGUCUAUAUAUAUUCCUUUCUUAUAUUUAUAACUUCUUGGUUUACAUGUCUCCUUUCUUUUUGUGUGGUAUUAUUUUUAUAAAAGUCUUUUGGAGUUCUGAGAAAACUCAACUCAAGUAUGUUAAAAUCAAGGAUGAGAAAGAAGAGCAGAAGAAGGUUGAAGAAAGAUGCCCAAAGGUACCAAACUAUAAGAAACUAGAUAUACUUUAUAAGUAUCCAUCACAAAAUGCCACGAGUCGAAGGAUAAACUUCAAUGAUAAGAAUUGGGAUGUGUAUGGUGGUUUAGAUGAAAAGGCCAAAGAUUUGUCAACAAUAUUUUAUAAUGAGUUCACCAAAAGAAACAUGGAGAACAAAUGGGGCAAAUAUUUUGAGAAGGGAGAAAGCUCAUUAGAAAAUAGGUUGUUUGCAAAAAAAACUCAAGUUCAAAAGAGGCAAAACUUAAGAUCUGAACCUUCAAUGAUUGAUUUGGUGGAAUAUGGUGAUUUAGAGAUAGAGAAAAAGAUAGAGGAUGGAGAUGACGAGGAAGAAGCACAAGAGGAUAGGAAUAAAGCUAUAGAAUGGACAGAAGAUGAUCAAAAGAACCUAAUGUAUCUUGGAAUUUCAGAAAUGGAGAGAAAUAAAAGGCUAGAGAGCGUCAUAGCUAGAAGAAAAGAAAAAAAGUUAUUUAAAGGGAAACUUGAGAAAGGUCUAAAUGAUAAAAAACCAAUUGCACCAUUGUUUAUCAAAAGAAACAAUCCCUUAAAUUCUUCAAAAGAGGUUGAUGAUGGUUUAGAAAUGCCAGGUUCUGCCCCUUCUCUCAUACCAAGAAGUCCUUAUAGCAUUCCUUAUGAUCAUUCUGAAGAAAAGUUUAACCUCAUAAAAGAUAGUUUUCCCCAAGAAUUCUCUAGUCAAAACAACAUGUCAUUAUGUAGGCAUGAAAGUUUCAAUUCAGAGCACCCUUUCACAUCAGAAACCAAACAAGAUCACGCUUUCACAUCAGAAACCAAAAAAGAUCACGGUGCUAGAGAGCAUUAUUUCCAUAAUAGAGGAAAGAAGUAUUCUGAUAGAGUUACAUAUUCAAGAUUUAGAAGAAGUCAUACAGAUAAGGGAACUCAUGAUUGGCUAAUCAACCAAUUGAUUUACAAUGAAAGUGACGAAAGUAACAAAAGUGGAGAAAAUGGAUUGCAAACAUCCAAUCCAUUAACAAAGGGAAAAGAAUCAACACAUAAAGAAGAUGAGAAACAUAAUAUUGAUAUGAAUGACAUGAAAGGUGAGAAAGUGGAGUAUGAAACAAAAGAUAUGUCAAAUCAGACAAGUGAAUCACAACCAGAGAAAUCAGGACAAUGGCCUAAGUUUCCCAAGUCUCAUGGGAGGGUUUUCAAUUUACCAUUAUCUACUAAUAACACUAGUGCUACUAGUAGUAAUAUAAAUGAAGUUAUGUAUGAGAAUAUCACAUCAGUAGUUGAUAAAAGACAAGAAAAUAUGUUUUUAACCAAUGGGAGACUUUGUCACACCCCAACACAUUCCGUGGCUUCUGACUUACAAGUAGAGGUUUCUGAAAUUGGUUCACCAACAUCAACUGUCGGUGAGAAUGCUGAGAUUAAUUCUUCCAUUGAUAGAGACUCAAUAGUAUAUGAUGGGGACAUUGAUAGAGACAUUAGUUCUGGUAGUGAAGAGUUGUGGGGAGCCUCUUACCAUGGAGUAAAAGAAGUAGAAGGGGUUAAAAAUGAAGAGAAUGAUGUAGAAGUGAACAAUUCUUCAAAGGGUGUUGUUUCACCUUUUGAUACAUGCUAUAUAGAUGGAGAAAACACAACUGAUAUAUGCUCAUCAUCCUCAAAAUAUGAUGUGCCUGAAAAUACUCCAACUCAUGCAACAAACUAUCAUCAUAAUAUAUUUGACUAUUUGAAACAUCCUAUGGGGGAAAGUGAAGCAUCGCAAUCUUCCAAUUCUUCUCAUGCUCUAGAUCAAUUUCCAAAUGAAACACAAUCAGAAAACCUAAAGGAACGAUACAACAUCACAGAGAAUGUCACAAAUGAGACAAGAUUUAUCAAUGAUAUGAAUAACUUAGCAACCAUCGAUCAAGAUAACAUAGAAAACUCAAGAAAUAGUGAAGAUCUUGACACAUCAGUAAUGCGACAAGAAUCAGUUGAUAAUGCCUCCAUUUACUCAGUUUCAUCAUCACCAAGGUCUGUGUUACCAGAGAAAACAAUGGGAGAUGAAACUUCAUUUUCAAAUUUUGAUCAACACAUGCAUUUAGAUGGUCAACAAUCUAUUGGGGAAGGUUUAACCCAAGAAAGUUUAGAUAAAAGCUCAAAUAAUGAAAGUCCACAUGAUAUCAUGCCUCAAACAAUGCAACCAAUAAUAGAUGAUACAACUGAUAAAUUACAUAAUGUUAACUUCAAUCAAUUACAGACUAGUCCUCUAGAGAAUUUUAAUGAAGAAGAUAACAUCUUUGGCAACAUGAACAAUGAAGUUGACAACAAGGAAAAACACACCAAGUCAAAGAACAAUGAAGACAAUUUUAAUCACCUAAACAGUCAAGAAGCUACUACACAAUCAACCAACCCAAUAAGUGACACAACAACUUUGGAAGAUAUGAAUGAAAACUCAAGGGAUUUAGUGGAUGAUAAAGUGUCAUCCACAGAUAUGCUUAAAGAUGAUAAGAAUGACGAACCAUCAAGUAGUAAUAGUGUCCAUGAUGGUGAGGAGGAUACUUUAGGAGCAGCUCUUGAUGAAGACGGCAGUGUUGCAGCUCAGAAUAACUAG